GCAAGCCUUCCUCAAUCCUCUACAUCUAACACCGUCCGCAUGCAUGUCUCCACGUUCACGAACACUCACCUGUAAGGAUGAGCUUGUGUUAUCUCUGUCUCACACUUCUCCUCGCCACCCUGGCAGCACGGUGGCAAGCGGUCAACACGCAGGCAGCGUUUACCUUUGAUCAGGUGACGUUGACUUUACUUCCUGGUAAAGAAGUGACGAGUGGCACAAAUGUGACCUUACGUUGCGAGGCCAAAGUCAGUCAAAGCCUCCCCACGCCCCUGACAUACAGAUUCAGCUUCCUUCAGGACGAUCAGGUGGUGUACUCCCAAAACAUCAGCUAUGCGGUGGUGGAGAAAACUUUAUCACCGGUCCGGGUGUCCAACUCCGGUCACUACCACUGCACUGUUCGCAUCGACAACAAGUUCAAGAAAAGCGACAGUCACACACUUAAAGUCACAGGCCUUCAAACACCGAUGUUGAAAGUGAAGUCUGAUAUCAUAUCUGAGGGGGAAGAUGUUAGUGCCACAUGCAGCGCUCUAGAGGAGAAUGGAAGCCUGAGUUUCUACUUUUAUGAGAGUAACAAGGAGAUAAAACGGGUGCCGUCGUCCAGUAACUCUGUGACUACCAUGCUUUCUAUACGGAAUCUCAAAGAAACUUACCUGCAGUGUGCCUACACGGUUUUACAGCAUUCAGAUGCAGGCUGGUCUAACAAAAGCAACACCUGGAAGAUCAUUGUAAAAGACCUAGACGAGAUCACCCCAAGAAUAAAUGUCACACCUAUUAGGAAUGUGGUUGAAGGUGACCGGGUGAAGAUCCAAUGUGAGGUGAAGGCCCUUUCAGAUCUGGAUGUGUUCCUCACCAAAGGCAACACUGUACUUCAUAAGUCUUAUACAAGCUUCACACACAGCUUAACAGUAAGAGCUGAGGAUGCAGGCGACUACGUGUGUAAAGCAGAGAAAGGCAGUGUGCAAAAGAUGGCAACCUCUCAGCUAAACGUAACAGAGCUGUUCUCAAAGCCCAUGUUAAGACUGAACGGCCAUCAGGUGUUUGAGGGGGAUCGCUUCCAUCUGAACUGCAUCAGUGAUGUAAAUGUCACACUGAAGAUCAACAAAGCAGACAUCAGGUUCAUUUUGCUCAAAGAAGGUCGGCAAAUUUCUAAUUCAGCCAGCUACAGUGAAAUAGCAAGUUCGGCGACCAAUGGGAAUUACUCCUGCAAAGCCACGGCUAAGGGAAUUGAGAAGACCAGCUUACCACUCGUUUUCAAAGCUAAAGUUCCUGUAUCCUCGCCAGUCAUUAACACGGUGGGUAAUGUGAUUGUGGGCCGGCCGUUCACGGUUUCGUGUAAGGCAGAGAACGGAACUCUGCCCAUAACCUACACAUUACUGAAGGACAGGAGUCCAGUGGCUGAGCGAACGGUGAUGGAGGCGGCUGGCAUGGCCGUCUUUGACAAAAUCACACUCAGUUAUCCACUGGAGAUCAAAAAAUUCACGUGCCGCGCAUUAAACCAAGAGGCAUCACCCAGCAAGACCAGCAGCCCCCUCACAGCAGCAGUUAUUGAACCAGUCUCCAGUCCAGUCAUUAUGCCAAUCAGCCUCACCGUCACCGAGGGCUCUGACCUCUACCUCCUAUGUAAAGUACAACAGGGAACUCAACCCAUCACCUUCAGUUGGUAUCACAACAGCAUUCUGAUCCCUUCAUCCACCCAGGAGGUCACACUCUUACACGGCACACAUAUAGUCAAGGCCAUCGAACGAGAGCAGAGAGGCCGAUAUUACUGCGAGGCCACCAAUCACGCUUCUGAAACCAAAAAGAGUCCUCCAGUCACCAUCACAGUCAGUCUAGCCGUGUGGAAGAAAGCUCUUAUUGGAGUGCUUUGUAUCUUACUUUUGGUGGCUAUCAUCGUAGUUCUGAUUGUCCUUCUGAGGAAAAUGUCAAACCCACGCAGAAAAAAGCAAGCGACUGAAUUAUCAGUAAAACCAAGACCUAAAUCAGGUGACCCCAUGAGAAUGAGUCUAACCCUUGAUAUUGAAGACAACACUGCCCUCAAUGGAACUCCAUGUGUGAUGGGUAGAAACGUCUGGAGCGAGAAUGUAUCCUGUUCAGAAUCUGAUGGUCAAGGUGAAGAAGAGUCUGAGCUGCUUCAUCCAAAAGAAGUGGAUCCUAACAUAGAAGUUCCUGUGACGAACGAUAUAGAACCUGAACACAAUACCCAGUCUACAGACGUCCAGGUGUCUGUAGCAGGGGUCUUGGAGCAGCCUGAGGCCGUAAGUGAUCCACAACACAGACACACAAGUCCACAUGUAGCAGGCAGCUCUUGAGUAUGCACAGCUCAACAACAGUGAACAAGAGCCUGCGUGAACACCGUCCCUAUGUGCUUCUCUACUGAAACCGGCUUCUCCACAACCUGAUGCUGAACAUCACAGACAGUCUAUUGACAUUAAAUAGUUCACAAUUUUUGGGUGUUUAAUUGUUGUUAUUUCUUGGCUUGGAUGUUUGUUACAUGAGUGAAGUGUGAUGUUUGUAAACCAGUGAUUAAAAUCUGAACAAUUGAAUCAAACAAGUCAGUUUUCAUUUC